UGUCCUUUCAGAUGUUCACUGUUCAGCACACGCGCGCACAGCUGUGACGUUUGUCUGUGUUUAGCAAAACUGCUCUUGGCAACGUCUCUGCUUCCGCUGAGAGGAUUUUAAAAUCGUGAUCUGCCAUAUGCUAUUUUUCCUCAUUAAAAUAUACAGUGGCCGUAUGAGGAAUUAUAUUGCAAUGCGUCUUCCGUUUUGAUGUUUGUUUGUAAAAAAAUUUUUUAUUGCGAAUGAUGCCUAUAGGUGGAUGUUACCUCAGGCACGUUACAGACGAAUUUUCUUUUCCCAACGUAUUUAACGCGUGUCUCUUGUACUUUUGAUGUAAAACUCUGGUUAGUGUAAUGAUCUCGAUGUACGGAUCUAGUGGUAGAUUAGCUGUGUCGCUGAUAUUGACGUUUGUCAGCGUGUUUGUAUUGUGCGAAUAUGUGAUUUAUUAUCCUGUUAUUCUGCGAUGCUCAUGGCCUCAUAUUGAGACUGUAAAUUCAAAUUUACCUUUACGGGCGUUAUUUCUCUCCGAUACUCACUUACUAGGGGCCAUCAAAGGACACUGGCUCGACAAACUCAGAAGAGAAUGGCAGAUGGAAAGGGCGUUCCAGACAUCUCUGUGGCUUCUAAAUCCAGAAGUUGUCUUCAUUUUAGGAGAUGUAUUUGAUGAGGGCAAGUGGAGCUCCAGUCAGGACUGGGAAGAUGACAUCAGACGUUUUAAACGGAUCUUCCGUCAUCCUAGUGACACAGAGCUUGUGGUUCUUAUCGGAAAUCAUGACAUCGGCUUCCAUAACGAAAUGACUAAGCAGAAGUUGGAGCGGUUUGAGCAAGUGUUUAACGUGACAUCAGCGCGGAUCAUCACCAUUAAAGGAGUCAAUUUUUUGCUGGUGAAUAGUGUUGCAUUGCAUGGCGAUCACUGCCCCAUCUGCCAACGUGUGGAAAAUGAGUUACACAAACUCUCACAUGCUCUUAACUGCUCCAUUCAGGGUGCACAGCAUUAUGACCAGUGCAAGAACACAGAGAGUUUUGCUCCAACAGCACCUGUUCUACUACAGCAUUACCCUCUGUAUAGAGUGAGUGAUGCCAUGUGUACAGGUGUAGACGCAGCACCUCUGGAUGAACGGUACCAGCUAUUUCAGGAGCGUUAUGAUGUUAUAUCUAAGAAUGCCUCCAAAAAGCUCUUGUGGUGGUUCAAGCCCCGCCUAAUUCUGAGUGGCCACACUCACCAUGGCUGUGAGGUACUGCAUGAAAACCUCUAUCCUGAGAUUAGUGUCCCGUCCUUCAGCUGGAGAAACCGCAACAACCCCAGCUUCAUCCUGGGCACAUUCUCCAGGACUGACAUCCGGCUAUCAAAGUGUUUUUUGCCAGAGGAGAGGACUGUGUUGGCACUUUACUGCGGCAGCUGUCUGAUCAUUGCACUGAUAACACUCAGCCAUAUCAAGAUGUUCAGAAGAUCACUGCAUUUGCCAAAUAGCCUUCUAGGAAAGCACAAGACUUUGUAACAUGCACAAAAGGCAUGUGACAGUUAUGUGGCACUGCUAAUGAUAACAAUGGGUUAACAGUAAGCCCUGAGUUAAUUGAAAAUCAUUGAUUUUACUGGUUUGGAUGUUCUUACAGCAUCUUUCAUUUCUGAUUUAAAAUGGUUAAUAAAUUAUUUUCAUGCACAAUAGUUUAGUCCAAACAUAAGUCACAAUUUCAAAACUCUUAACAUCAGUGAAACCGAAGUAUGUGCGGCCCAAACUGUGAAUAAAUUUUAAUUGCUUCCAUACAAAUUGCCUUAAAUGACCAUCUCCCUAAGUCAGCUAUUUUUUUACUUGUCUUUCAUACUUCACCUGCAACAGCACAGGUGAAGGUGCAGCACAUUUUUGUUUUAAAAUGUUGAUCAAGGAAGACAGAUUGAUGGGGAAAGAAGAGUCAUUAUAAUUCACAUGUUGUUGUUUAUAUUUGUAGCUCUGGAAUUUCAGAUUUUUUUUUUUUUUUUUUAACUUUCAAUUAUAUGCACAGACAUGCCAGCCAAUUUGCAGCAUUUCUGAUUCAUUCUUGUUACAUAUGCUUUCACAUAUGUUACAUAACAAUAAAGUGAAAAGGUACACAUAUUCUCUAAUGAUAUACAGAUUUAUGUAAAAAAUAAUUUGAACUAAAAAAAUAAAAGUUCAUUAUGUAAUGGUGGUUUGAGUUCAUUUUGGAAGUGAGAUUAACUGUUUGAUCAAGGGGGGGGGGGGCAUUUUAGGAAAUAGGACAUUUUAGCUGCGACCCAUUUUUCAAGUAGUGAUUAUAAAACAUACAACUCAAUUCAAAAUCAAACUCAUGUUUUCACACAUAUUUUUUUAGAAGUAUUUUAUUUGCAAAAUUACAUUUCUUCCCACAUUGCCAUUCUAAACAAAGACGAAGGUCUUCUAAUGUGCCUCAUUAUUAAAAUAAACAUUAAGAAAUGAAAAUGAAAAAAGAAACCUUAAAAUCCUUGAAAGGCCAGAGACAAUUGUUUUUUAUUAUUAUUAUAUUAUUUUUCGUCAUUGUCACUUGUAUUUUAAGUUUCUGAAAUAAGUUUUAACAUGUAAAAGCUGCAGAGGAUAGUAAGAAUAAAGCCUAUCUACCAGUGUUACAGCCACUCACAGCCUAAGUCACAUCACACACUGUCCCUGCACUUCACCAGUUGAGAAGUGAACCACAAGAGUACAGACAGGUAAAAUUAAUAGUUUAUAUGACAUUGUGCAUGGACUCACUUGUGUUUAAUGUAUUAAAUAAUUAUUUCUCCUGAAAAUUAAAAUUAUUUGAUUUACUUGAACUCAAGUUGUUAGAAUCUACAUGCAGUCUAUCUUUUGAACACACAAAUGAAAUAUUGGAUGAUUUUUUUCAUGAAGUUCUUUCUGUACAGUUCUGUACAAACACACACACACACACACAAAAAAAAAAAAAACACUUUUGCAUUGCACUAUUCCUUUGACUUAUGAUAACUGCCCCACUGGUGAGUGAGAGAGACGUAUGGACCCACUCGAGCUGUGAGAUUUACACUAUCAGUGCUCACAUUCACAAUGCCAGCGCAGUCAGUACGCGCUCAGGACGGCCAGUAAAGAAUCACUAGUCUUACUUCUUCAUUUCUUCUAUAUUAUGCAUUUGUAUAUGCAUAGCUAUGCAUACAACCUCGCUAAACAUUCAUAAAUAUGUAUACAUUUAGGCACACAUAUUAUUAUGAAUAAUUGUACAUAUAUAUUUAUAGAAUAUGUAUUAUCAUGUUUUUAUAAAUGUAUAUGUACACAUAGAAUGCACAUGUACAGUACAACAUGUGGUAUAUCUGCAAAUGUAUGCGCACACGCAUGCGAUCACACAUAUCUACACACUUUCACCAGCACGACCCCGCGUACAGUCUGCAUAUAUGCCACUUCUAAAAAUGCACCCUACCUGAAACAACAGCAGGUCAAAAUUUUGGAAAUUUUGAGAAGAGUUCCAAAGUUUUUUAAAGCUGAGUCCUCCGACAAAAACAGAAAUUCAAAGAACUGUAAGACAUACUGUAUUUGCAGUUUCUAAACAAAGUGGUUAAUUUUGCAUAUUGUAUAUCAAGAUUUUUUGCCUAAUUUUUUCAUUUUAUAGUAAAAGACAUUUUAAAUAGCUUUAUAAACCAGAAAGAAAGAAAAAAACCAGUCUACAGAGCGAUUUCCUGUCAGCACGCUGUGCUGCAUGUAAGAUUUGACAUCAAGCUGUACAGCGCUGUCCAAUCGCACAUACUUUAUCUUCAUUUACAGGUACAGCCAUAUUCAAAGGCACAAAGAGCUCAAAGUUUUGUCUUUCUUGUUGAAGUUAUACAAAAUAACAUUUUGCAGUCCUGUACAAGAUCGAGUGACCUUGCACAUUCUUUAGAAUAACAAAACAAAAACCUCAAAAAUAUAUUGUUUUUUUUUCUUUAUAUCUAUAUGCAGGACUACCUCCCAAAUGGGGGCUGCCCAUACUAAAGGAGGCAUCGGUUGGCCGGUGACGGUUCUCCCAAGAUGGAUUGCCGCUGGUGCCCACUGAGGAAAAAAAAUGCAGAGUAUGACAAAUCCCACAAGUCCCUGCUCCUGCUCUGUAGUUGGUUACAAACUCCUAUCUAGCCCUGAAUUCCUUUCUGCAUGCUUUGCAGAAAAAAAAAAAAAAAGCAAACUAAA